CAGGUUGAGACCUUCCUUGUGAAUUAGCUCCUCCUGUAUUUGUUUACACUGGCUGAAACUAGGUCAUGGAAAAAUGAAACGAGACCAGCCAGCCCUUCGCCUUUUGUGUGAUAACGAUCUAGCAAUACCUGGAAUCAAAGGAACACCAUAUCUGAUCUGUCAGGUUUAUGUGUCGCUGGAUGCCAGUUUAACAGCAGCUGGACUAAUGCUGCUCCUUAAACAUCUGGACUAAACCGUGAUCGAGUGGCAAAGCUCUUCUACUUGUGAGACCGUCGCUACCAUGUCGAGGCGAAGCAGGAACAGCCGAGGUUGGCGUUAUGUUUGGGGCGGCAUACGAAGGGAUGCCGAUGCCCGGGCCCUCGUGUUGGCCUCUGAACCGGAACAGUGGCGCUACGACCGGCUGGAGUACAGUGAUUCUGACUCGGAGGCAGACUACUCAGCAGUGAUGGUUCCUCCGGUUCCCAGCCCCAUUCCUGUUAUAGGAGAGUCAUUCUGUGGCUGCGACUCCCAGGCAGAAACCAGCUACAACCCUCGUCUACGAGGAUUUCACCAAGUCAAAGAUUGCCACUGCGGAGAGGAUGACCAAGAUUUCGACUGGGUUUGGGAUGCAGGCAGCCGAUCGACCGCAACAUUACUGAGCUGUGACAAUCGCAAAGUGAGCUUCCACUCCGACUACAGCUGUGGUACGGCAGCCGUCCGGGGCUCCAGGGAGCUGGCGGACGGGCAGCACUUCUGGGAAAUCAAAAUGACGUCUCCGGUGUACGGAACAGACAUGAUGGUUGGGAUUGGAACAUCUGACGUCAACUUAGACAAAUACAGGCACACGUUCUGCAGUUUGUUGGGGAAAGAUGCAGACAGCUGGGGUCUUUCUUACUCUGGCCUGCUGCAUCAUAAAGGAGACAAGUUGAAGUUCUCCUCUCGUUUUGGACAAGGAUCCAUCAUUGGAGUUCAUCUGGACACGUGGCACGGCACGCUCACUUUCUUCAAGAAUCGAAAGUGUAUAGGUGUUGCAACCACAGAGCUGCACAAUAAGAGGUUUUAUCCGAUGGCCUGCUCCACCGCGGCCAAAAGCAGCAUGAAGGUCAUCAGGUCGUGCUCCACGCCAACCUCUCUGCUGUACCUCUGCUGCGCUCGCCUUCGCCGCCUGCUCCCGGACUGCAUAGACACCGUCGACGUGUUGCCUCUACCGCCAGGCCUGCGUCAGCUCCUCCACAACAAGCUGGGCUGGGUGCUCAGCCUGAACAGCGGGACCUCAGACGGACCAAAGCGGCCCUCGCACUUACCCGCAACCCCGCCGGCUGGACCGUCGUUCUCUGAGAGUGACUCGGAGGGUUGUCUGUCUGACCCUGAAGCCUGUCAGAGGAAGAGAUGCCGCUGGACGUGACUGGAAAACCCAAAUCCUAGCUAUGCUUUACAAGCACUCGCAGUGGCAAACUAUGGCAAGGAGGGAAAACACCGGCAUUGGUUGAGCAAAGGGAGCCCUAGAUCUUUACUGUGACUCUUUUCUCAUGCCAUUCAUGUCAGUAUCUCAACACUUUAAUCAUCUGUACAGGUCCUACUGUAUCAUCUAGCACAGUUUGUUGCCAUUCAUAUAUGGGAAUUAGUGAACUGCUGGAAUGUGUAAUGUACAGUGCAGCACUGACGUCCGGUAAGGCCAGGUUUUGGUGGUCAUCUUGGUAAUUUGCAAAAGAAAAGAAGCAUCUUUCCUGCAUGGUGUUCUUAAUCUAAAUGUCGUCGGUGCAUUACCAAAGCAGUGUGCCUGUUUCAUUGCUUCUAAUCAUUUUUUUUAUUCGGUUGUCAAAGUGAAAAGCGUUGGAUGUUCUUCUGUAACCUUUGGACAAGUUAAAAUGACACCAUGGUUAAUGCUAGAAGUGGAAAGAGGGCACUUUCCCUCUUUUAAUCCUGAGCUAAUCAAAAUACUUUAUGUUUUUGUCUUUAUUGAAACAAACACGUAAUUAUCACCGCUAAAGGCUUAAAUUCCUUGUAUUGUGGCUGCAGCUAUAGGUCCAUCUGUAGUUUUUAGCUCCUACGUCUACGUCAAACACAUUUCCGCACAUUCAUUGUUUUCAAACUUUUUAAAACAUGACUUUCUAUACCAAUGGGUUUAACAUUAAGCCUUUUGUACAGUUUUUUUUUUUAUGUCCAUUUUUGUUCGUUCACUGACUCCUCUUCAGAAAGGUUCAACUCUGUCCUUUGUAGUGUAGAAUGUAAGCCCCAACAGAGGAAGCUCUAAGUUUUCUGAGUGUUUUAUUUUACCUUUUUUAUUUUGCUCCAGUAGUUACUUGUCACAUUAUUGCUGUACAGUUAAAAAAAACAACUUUUAUUUCCAGGUUUGUAAAUAAACUAAGAAAGUGUGGUCUUACCUUCAUCUAAGUAAUGUUUUCUCUGCUCUUCUCACUAAUAAAGAAAGUAAUCUUA